CGAACAAACUAGGCCUACCCAUCGGUGAAACCAUGUACAUCAGGGUGUUGUUUUUACUUGUUUUUUCUGCAGUAUUUUUUACUGAGCUUCGCUGCGCCCCGCCGAGGACCACAGCUGGCAUGGAUAUUCCUCCCGCCAGCUUCACCGGCUCAGGCGGCAGCAACAGUGGUGAAAUCGGUACCAAGAGAGAUUCCAACCAAACCAUAAUGUCCAGAAACAAGAGAAGAACCCUGGCCGUGGAUUUCGCCGUGCCUUCGCUGCUGCGAUAUUAUUUGGCGGAGUUCAUUAAGAGACCCCUAAACGGCGACUGCCAGAGUUUCAACGGCUGCUACACAGUGCGCGCAAACUUAAAAAUGCACUGCAUUCCUCUGCAGAAAACCAUUGCCACUUUUGUAGAGCCGAAAUCUGCUACAGAAACGGGAAACAGGUCCGCUGCUGGACAGCUCCCCUUCUUCUACAAGCGGCCGCUGUCCAAAGUUCUGAAUAUGGGUUUAACCAAGGCGAACAGGAAAUCCAACCAAGUGGUGGUUGAAAUAGGAGAGGAUAUGGUAAAGAAUGGAUGCGGGGGGCUGGCGGUAUAUGAAGAGGACCCUGUGCUUCUGUUGGAGGUGGACCUCAGGGAGAUCCUGGACUGGUGGCUUGGAGCGGAUGGGGGCCGCCUUAGGGUUCGGCUCAUGCCCGAGAAAAAGGCGCAGGUGCCUGGGAUAGAGGAUCGUUACACAGCCGCCAUCCGAGCUGCAGAUCCCCGUCUGUACCUCAAGAUCUCAUCUGGGGAGAAGCUCGUCCACGCCUUCGUCUCCUCCAGGCUGGAUUACUGCAACGCUCUCCUCAACGGGAUCUCUGGCAGGAGCCUUCAGAAGCUCCAGUACGUACAGAACAGCACUGCCAGGGUCCUGAUGAGGGUGAGGAAACACCAGCACAUCACUCCCAUCCUUCACACUUUGCACUGGCUCCCUAUUCACGCCCGUAUAGAGUACAAGAUUCUUCUGCACACCACUCACUGUGUGCACGGUGCGGCCCCCACCUAUCUCACUGAACUGCUCACACCACACACCUCUUCCCGGACCCGGUCAGGCCAACAGCACCGUCUGGCCCCACCCAGGACACGGCUUAAAACAAUGGGCGACAGGGCCUUUGAAGCCGCAGCUCCCCGUCUGUGGAAUGCCCUCCCAGACCACCUUAGGGCCCCACAGACGGUGGAUUGUUUUAAGAAAGGAUUGAAACCUUUCCUUUUUAGAAAUGCUUACAAUUGCUGAUUUUUAGAUU